ACUGUAAACAUACAUAUGAAUGACUCACGUUAUUAUAAUUUAAAAAUAGUAUAUAAGUAUACAUAUUCACAGAAACCGAUCGUUGAUUUUUUUACUUUAAAAAAAAGAACCGCCAAGCCAACAAUCAUCUCUCUUUCUCUCUCUCUCAUCGAGGCUUUCAAGCGAUUUGGGGAUUCAUUUGAUUGGAUAAAGAUCUGUGAUUCUUGGAUACCCAAUUGGGGGUUUGGUGUGUUUGAGAAAAAAAAGAUGGCUUUCUUCACAUCAAUCGCUUCUAGCUUGUCCAAUCUCGGCAGCGCUAUGCACAAAUCGGUCAACGGUUUGCUGGGUUAUGAAGGCCUGGAAGUUAUAAAUCCCGAAGGGGGGACUGAAGAUGCUGAAGAGGAAGCACGAAAAGGAAGAUGGAAACAAGAGGAUCGGGACAGUCAUUGGAAGAUGAUGCAGAAAUAUAUAGGCUCUGAUGUCACAUCGAUGGUGACACUUCCAGUACUCAUUUUUGAGCCAAUGUCAAUGCUUCAGAAAAUGGCAGAGUUGAUGGAAUACUCCCACCUUUUAGAUUUAGCAGAUGAAUGUGAGGAUCCUUAUAUGCGAUUAGUGUAUGCUUCAUCCUUCUUUAUAUCCACAUAUUAUGCCUUACAACGAACCUGGAAGCCAUUUAAUCCAGUUCUUGGUGAAACUUAUGAGAUGGCCAAUCAUGGUGGUGUCACAUUUAUUGCAGAACAGGUUAGCCAUCAUCCUCCAAUGAGUGCUGGACAUGCUGAAAAUGACCAUUUUGUUUAUGAUAUAACUUCCAAGGUGAAGACCAAAUUUCUAGGAAACUCGCUUGAUGUCUAUCCCCUUGGAAGGACACGAGUGACCCUGAAAAAAGAUGGUGUGGUCCUAGAUUUGGUGCCUCCUCCCACAAAAGUUAACAACCUGAUAUUUGGACGAACUUGGGUUGAUUCACCAGGUGAGAUGAUCUUGACGAACAUGACCACGGGGGACAAAGUUGUGCUGUAUUUUCAACCUUGCGGCUGGUUCGGUGCUGGUCGCUAUGAAGUGGAUGGAUACAUAUAUAAUGCUGCUGAAGAACCCAAAAUAUUGAUGACUGGGAAAUGGAACGAUUCAAUGAGUUAUCAGCCUUGUGAUGCGGAAGGAGAACCCCUGCCAGGCACUGAAUUGACAGAGGUCUGGAGAGUUGCUAAAGCUCCUACAAAUGACAAAUUUCAGUAUACAUAUUUUGCACACAAGAUAAAUAGCUUGGACACUGCACCUAAGAAGUUACUGGCUUCAGAUUCUCGCUUGCGUCCAGAUAGAUAUGCACUUGAGAAGGGUGAUUUGCCCAAAGCAGGUUCAGAAAAGAGCCGUUUGGAGGAGAAACAGAGGGCUGAAAAGAGAACUAGAGAGACGAAGGGCGAGCAAUUUACUCCAAGAUGGUUUGACCCAUCUAGUGAAAUUGCUCCUACACCUUGGGGUGAAUUGGAAGUUUAUCGCUACAAUGGAAAAUAUGAUGAACAUCGGGCUGCUAUGGAUAGCUCAUCCAACAUUGAGGAGACUGACAUCGGGUCAAUGGAUUUCAAUCCAUGGCAGUACGGAAACUUGGCUACAGAAUGAGAUUUCCUUGUUCUUUUUAUUCGACUUUUUUUUUGUUUUUGGUUUUAAAUUUUAUUUUUGGAUGCCAAAUGGCUCGUGUUGUAUUCUAUUAGUGUGACCCUGUGAGUUGAGGUUGUGGUGUCAUAAAGAAGUGAGUAGAUAUGUGGACAAAUUCAGAUGUACUUUUAUCAAAUGUAGAGCCUAAUAUGAGAAGAGUUGGCUCAUAGAACAGCUUGUUUGGUUAAUGUCUAAAUGAUUGUUUUAAAAGUACGAAA